AUGGCCAGCGACGGGGCCAGGAAACAGUUCUGGAAGCGCAGCAACAGCAAAGUCCCGGGCAGCAUCCAGCACGUGUAUGGGGCCCAACACCCCCCUUUUGACCCCCUGCUGCACGGCACCCUGCUCCAGUCCACCCCCAAGCUGCCCAGCACACCGGUAAAGGCCAAGCGCGGCAGCACCUUCCAGGAGUUUGAGAGCAACACCAGCGACGCCUGGGAUGCUGGCGAGGAUGAUGAUGAACUGCUGGCCAUGGCGGCCGAGAGCCUGAACACUGAGGUGGUCAUGGAGACGGCCCACCGCGUUCUGCGCAACCACAGCCAGCGGCAGGGGCAGCGUAGGCAGGAAGUGCCAGCCGAGAGGCCCAGGCCUCGGCCACAGUCCCCCUCAGCUCCAGGCGCGGACCCCCGGCUGGUGAAAUCUGUCAGUGAGAGCCACACGUCCUGUACUGCAGAAAGCUCCAGCGAAGCCGUGCCCUUGCAGCGGUCCCAGUCUCUGCCACACUCCUCCACUGGGGCGCUGAGUGGUGGGGCGACUGACCACAGUGCCCUCAGCUGCUCGGCUCUGACCGAGAGGGAGGCCUCCCGGCUUGACAAGUUCCAGCAGCUGCUCGCCGGCCCCAACACAGACCUUGAGGAAUUGCGGAAACUGAGCUGGUCAGGAAUCCCUAAGGCUGUCCGUCCAAUGACCUGGAAGUUGCUCUCGGGCUACCUUCCUGCCAACGUAGACCGAAGAGCAGCCACUCUCCAGAGAAAACAGAAAGAAUACUUUGCUUUCAUUGAGCAGUAUUACGAUUCCAGGAAUGAUGAAGUUCACCAAGACACGUACCGGCAGAUCCACAUCGACAUCCCUCGGAUGAGCCCCGAGGCUCUGAUACUUCAGCCCAAAGUGACAGAGAUCUUUGAGAGGAUACUGUUUAUAUGGGCAAUCCGUCACCCUGCCAGCGGCUAUGUCCAGGGAAUGAACGACCUGGUCACACCUUUCUUCGUGGUCUUCAUUUGCGAACAUAUAGAGGCAGAAGACAUAGACAAUGUGGAUGUCUCCCAUGUGCCCGAGGAUGUGCUGCGCAACAUCGAGGCUGACACCUAUUGGUGCAUGAGCCGGCUGCUGGAUGGCAUCCAGGACAACUACACCUUUGCCCAACCUGGGAUUCAAAUGAAAGUGAAAAUGCUGGAAGAACUUGUGAGCAGGAUUGAUGAGCACGUGCACCGACACCUGGAGGAGCACGAGGUGAGGUACCUGCAGUUCGCCUUCCGCUGGAUGAACAACCUGCUGAUGCGGGAGGUGCCCCUGCGCUGCACUGUGCGUCUCUGGGACACCUACCAGUCGGAACCUGAGGGCUUUUCUCACUUCCACUUGUACGUCUGUGCUGCAUUUCUGCUGAGAUGGAAGAAAGAGAUCCUAGAAGAAAGAGAUUUCCAAGAGCUGCUGCUCUUCCUCCAGAACCUGCCCACUGCCACCUGGGGUGACGAGGACGUGAGCCUGUUGCUGGCUGAGGCCUACCGCCUCAAGUUCGCCUUUGCAGAUGCCCCCAAUCACUACAAGAAGUGA